AUACCAAUUCCACAACGACCUUACCUUCUUUAUAGUCUCCGUCAAACAUGGCUUGUGCUCUCCACGGCGUCGUUUAAAAAUUUCUCUCCCUCCACCGGUCACCGAUUACCCACCCACCCGCUCCAUUUCUCUCUCGAUCGGAAAGCUCUCAUCUCUCUUCAGGUCACAUCAUCCUUUGUAAAGAAUGGAUCUUUUCUGUAGGAACUUUAAUGAUGACUCCUCAUCAUUUCAACAAGAGAUUAUGAGGUGCCCGUUUUUGCGUAACAUCAAUGAGCCCACGAAUUUCUCUUUCUCAAGCUCUAUGGCUUUCUCAAUGCCUGUACGUGAAGGUAAAGGUCCUAUCUUUGAAGAUGGUCCCAACUUUGAUACGGCCUUCCGACUUUUCCACGGGCAGGAUGGUGUGGUCCCACUUUCUGGAAGAUCGUCCAUUUGGAAUGAGAAGACAAAGUCUGAACCAGCAUCAGCCCAGUUCAACCCUUUGGCUGCAAAGGCAGCUACCAUAAGCCUAUCAGGUUUCGGACUUGGAGGGCCUUUUGGUUUUGAUGCAUUUUCUAAGAAGUGGAAGAACAACAAAAAGAAUUCGAAAUCAUCCAAAGAGAGUUCUUCACAGGGUGGAAGUUCAAAACACGAAGCACUGAGCAACGAGUGGUUGCAAAGUGGAAAUUGUCCUAUAGCAAAGUCAUACCGGGCCGUGAGUAAAGUCCUUCCACUGGUGGCAAAGGCCAUCCAGCCCCCACCUGGCGUGCAGUUGAAAUGCCCUGCCGCUGUAGUUGCAGCCAGGGCAGCAAUAUCACGAACAGCAUUUGCCAAAAACCUCAGACCACAAUCCCUGUCCACAAAGGUACUGGUGAUUGGCGCCAUGGGGAUGGCUGCAAACAUCCCAUUAGGAAUAUGGAGAGAACACACAAAGAAAUUUUCCCUCUCAUGGUUCACCGCAGUCCAUGCGGCUGUACCCUUCAUCGGCAUGCUCCGCAAAUCCAUACUGAUGCCCAAGGCCGCUAUGGCAUUCACCAUUGCCGCCUCAAUUCUGGGUCAGGUCAUCGGGUCACGGGCAGAACGCUAUCGCCUUAAACACAUAGCUACUGAAAAUAUGGCCCUUUCUGCUACUGAAAGUAUGGCCCUUGCCGAGACUCCAGGUCCCGGGAAAUUGGAAGCUUCUGGAAGCGGAAGUCAUGGACCUGUUGAGAAGAAACUAAGCGUUGGAGUCAGAGUUGGACAUUGCAGCGGCGAGGUUGUUGCCUGGAAUCGGAUUGUGGGACCGUCUUCGCCGGCUAGUGUGCUUAGCUGAUAAUAAUAAUAAUGCACACGGUGAAUCUUUUGUAUUGACUGAUUGGGUGGGGGGGCUUGCUCCCAUUGUCUGUUUCUUGUUAUUAUUAUACUUUUAUUUUUAAACUCCAUGAAUGAAUAAAGGGGAGUUCUUGUAAGGAUGGAUUCAGAAUUGUUGAGGGUUAUUAUAGACAUGUUUGGUGUUGUAAACCCCAUGUUUAAAUACCAAAAAAUUGCUGCUGGGUAC